AGGACAAGCUGAGAUAAAAUAACUCACACUUUUGGAAAAGUACAUGUGGAAGUCUUUAAAUAACAUAGUGGCCUAUGAUACUGAGGAGCUUGAAUGCAUGUCGACUGCCAACUCUCCAUAGCCAAAGAUGGAAGACCAGUUUCCGUUUUUGAGAGGCGGCAUAGAAUUCAAUGGUGUGAAGGUACUGCCAUCAGAUCUCCAACACAGCGACAGGAGUUCGUCUUCCUCCUCUGUUCUCAGCUUCCUCAACCCAAGAACUCCACUGCCUUCAUCAUCCUCUGCAUCUGCUGCUGCUGCUGCUGCUGCUUCAGAGUCGCCAAACAUGGCCACCUUUCUCCUGCAGAAACAGAGACAUCAUGAAUCCGGCAUUGCAGGGUGCUUGCAGUGCUCGGUCUCUUGCAACAUGAUCGAGUUCUGCUCGACGCGGGGGCGGCGGCCGACGAAGCUGUUCCGAGGGGUGCGGCAGAGGCACUGGGGGAAGUGGGUGGCGGAGAUAAGGAUGCCGAGAAACCGGACGAGGGUGUGGCUGGGGACGUUCGAUACCGCCGAGGACGCCGCCAUGGCGUACGACAUGGCCGCCUACAAGCUCAGGGGCGACUCUGCCUAUCUCAACUUCCCCCACCUCAAGCACGACCUCCAUGAGCUUGGCUCUCCUCAUCUGCACUCUUCCGUUGCCUCCUUGUUGGAGGCAAAGCUCAAUGCCCUCUGCAACUCCUCUUCUUCCUCCUCCUCCUCCGGUAGCUGUAAGCAGAAGAAAGCUGGUAAGGAUGACAAGUCUGCGGUUGCUUCCAUCACCAGGACUCCACGCAAGGAGGGGUUGCAGUCAGAUCAGGGGAGAAGAGAGAUCUCACAGCAGGAGUUGAUCUCCCGAGGUGAUGCGGAAGGAGUUCUACUGAGCAGGAUGCCUUCUUUGGACAUGGACAUGAUAUGGGAUUCCCUCCCUAUGCCAGCAGCAGAAACUUGAAUCGUCAUCAUCUACUUCUUCUUCUUCAUUUAUACUUGCUCUGUAGAUCCGAAUCUCUCAUGUUAUUUGCUUGAGAUCCAUAUUUGAUUCAUAUGGAUUGAACAGAAAACAUUUGUUUGGUAUUCAACACUGUGAUCCGCA